AGCAUAAUCAUGGGGCAUCAUGCCGCCGGUCUCUGUCUGGCCAGAGGGCCUCAUCAACAUCACAGGCGAUGUCCUCCUGGUCCAAACAGCUCUGGAAGUACCGCCUCGAGUGCCUCAUGAAGCCCUGACAGGCCUCAAAGGCCACGUCUCUACAUGCCUCCUCCAUGGCUUGAAGCAGUGGGACCUGACUCUGUGGAUUCCUUUCGUACACCUUCCACCUCCAGGCUGAGAAAAACUCCUCAGUGGGAUUGAGGAAGGGGGAAUAAGUGGAAGGUAUAAAACAGAAAACCGUGGGUGGUCCUGACACCACUCAUACACCUGGGUAGCCUUGUGGAAACGUACUUUUAUGCUGCAGUCCCUGAUUGCAAAUUGCUCGCCAGACCUGAAAGUUUAGAGAUUUGAAUAUUUGUGUGUUGUUGAUUGAAGCUUUGAGAAUUUAUGUGAGAAGUGUGUGUAAACCUGAAAAUUGUGUGUUGUGUUUUGACAGCAAGGUAAUGUGAAAUUGACAUCAGAGUGUAAAGGAGGAAAAUCAGAGUUCUAAUAUGGUAAGGAAAUCUUAAGUAGUGAUAAAUUGAGUCAAGCGAUUGGGAACAGAAGUAGAGGUUGUGAAAAUAGUGCCUCAUUUUUGCUUUUUGAGUUGUAGCAAUCGAAAAAAACUGUCAUAAUUUUCUCGAGCCAGUGUGUGCUAAAAAGACCCUUCACAUGAUUAAUGAACUGGCACUCAGACCCCACCGCCCCCGUGGCCAGAUCAUCACACUUGCCUGUUGUAUUCUUUAGUUAAAACCCAACAUUAGUAUUCUAGAUGGAUGCGUUAUGUGCUCUGACUGUGAUUACGGGUCUAGAGUUGUACAGCUGACAUCUUCUAAGUGCAGCGUGAACUGUUAGCUGUGAGCCUGCGGAGUUAAUGGACUUCUACCCACAUGGUGCUUGAUGCUUGGACAGAUAACUGUGUUUUAUUUCUUUUAUUCACUCGUCAUUAAAAUGCUCAGUCUGUCAACACAACCACAACUUUCAAGCACUCCACAGCUCUGGUUUCUGAUCUUUACCUCAUGUCACUUGUGUGGUUUUUUUUUUUUUUGCUCCUCUCAUCUCUUUUAUGACCUGGACCAAUCUGCUGUCCAAUUGUUCAGAGAGCUCUCUAAUCCAGCCUCAGAUCUGAGUUGUGCUGCACGGUGCAUAAUAGGAUCGCAGCAUUAACCCCGAGGACAACGCCACCAGCUGUCGCAGGGCCCUCUGUUGGCCGCCGGCUGAACUGUGCCGGGCGGGGGGACAGAGACGAGGCAGACACACAGUGUGCCUGUGUGAUGCUGUUAGUUUCAUAUGAAAUGAAGACGGACGCAGCUCGGAAAGCGUUGCCUCUGGACCUCUGCCUCGUUGAUUCAACCUAAAUCCUCCUUAAAAACCAAAUCCCUCUUUUUUUCUGUUUAAUGUUUAUUCCUUCAUUUUUAUUUUUGGUCUCAUAGGCCCAUCUUUUUAAUCAGUCUGCGUCCACCUACUUUUCCCCGCCAGCUGCACCCGCACGCUGGUUCCUGCUCCAGUGUGGCAGCAGCUGUUGCUUCUGUUCUGGUUCUUUAUGGCUGAGUAGGUGGUGACAGACAGCUUGCUUUGGUGGUUUUCUCUGCGGGUUGUGAAGCCAAGACCAGGACUAACAGUUGGAGGAGGCGCAGGAGGAGGAUGGCGCUGGCUGUGGAAGAAGUGUGGGGCCGGGUAAAGAAUGUCUGCAAGCAGAACGGACUGCUCAUCUUGUCUGUGCUGGCCGUGGUCAUUGGCUGCCUGCUGGGCUUCUUCCUCAGAGGCAAGCAGCUCUCUGAGCAGGAGGUGAAGUACUUCCAGUUUCCAGGAGAACUGCUGAUGAGGAUGCUGAAGAUGCUGAUUCUACCUCUUGUUGUAUCCAGUUUGAUGUCAGGUCUCGCCGCCCUGGACGCCAAAUGUUCGAGUCGUUUGGGCAUCAUGACCAUCUCCUACUACCUGUGGACCACCUUUGUUGCUGUGGUGGUGGGGAUUCUCAUGGUGUACAUCAUCCACCCGGGCGGCGCCGCCCAGAAGGAGGAUUCGGAGGAAAGCAAGAAGCCAAUGACGAGUUCUGCUGACGCUCUGCUGGACCUGAUUCGCAACAUGUUUCCUGCCAACUUGGUCCAAGCUACAUUUCAGCAGUAUCGGACCCAGAGGGUUGCAGAACUCAUUCCCAAACCAACAGUGGCUCAGCUUCUAGAUGAGACCACCACCAGACGGGUCUACAUCUAUGGUGUCCAGGAUGACAAUGGCACAGACAUCCAGAACUUCUCCCUGGACCUCACGCCGCCUCCUGACGUCGUUGUGAAAACGUCGCCUGGCACCAGUGAGGGCAUGAACGUGCUGGGGAUUGUAAUCUUUUCUGCAACUAUGGGAAUAAUGCUGGGAAGAAUGGGCCCCAAUGGAAGCGCUUUGGUCAACUUCUGUCAGAGCUUGAACGAGGCGGUUCUGAAGAUUGUUGCCAUUGUUAUUUGGUAUUUCCCUUUCG